UACAGUAGAGGUACUGAGAGGUCUCAGUACAUCCGUGUCUAUGCGUGUUGAACGCACUCUUAUUUCUCAUAGGUAAAACCUAUUGAUUUUGUCUUAAUAUAAUAAUAAACGAUAUAAAAUAGUGCUCGCCGUUCUAGCGAGAUACAAUUUUUUUGAGUUAAAUAACUCCAUGUCAUCCCUCCAGUCGAAGAAAAUGCCAUUAUUUGAUUUAAAGGUUUAUGUUCGAGUUGUAGCCGCUGUUUUCUCAAUAUCAUCAGCCACAGCGUUUGUGUUGGCUCUCCUGCGUCUCUUGUAUCCAAACCUGUAUUAUGUGGAAUAUUUGGAAGGCAGUGACUUGAUUAUCCACUACCUCAUCUCGGGGCUGAUGUUGGUAACAAGUUCUAUUGGCUUCCUGAACAGUUGCGUUGUGAUGAACCGCAGCUCCUCUCAGAACACAGGUCGGAAUAUUACCACUUGGUUGUUACUGGACUCACUGUUUGAGACAGCUCGGGUAGUCUACAUAUUCAUGAGUGAAGUCGUCAUCAAGGGAACGGGCCCACUACAGAUCUAUGAACUGCUCAUUAGCAUUGCACAGUAUUUGUUGGACAGCUUCCUGUACUGUCAGAUGAUUCUGAAGCAUUGACUCCCCGUCUCCGCCUCUAGGUUCUAAGCUAUAUCUGCUAUUACUAACAGCAGGUAGACAUUCCGUUAGUCUAUGAUCUCCACAGAGUAUUAUUUGUAGUGUGAUAAGAGUCCAACUCUGCUAUUAGUUUUAGUAUACACUGUGAUUAUAAAGUCAAUGAUAUUGUUUUGUUUUUGGAGCUAAGUAUUUGUCUUUGUAUGUUUUGCGUAGAUCAAUAUAUAAUUUCUUUGAAAAGUGUAACCAAGUUAUUCUCAUUAGCUUCAAUUUCCAAAAAGUCCCAAUAUGAGAGUAAAUAUAUUUUACGUGUGUCUGAAAUGUUUUAUAUUAAGAAUUCUAAAUUGUUUGAACAAAUAUAUAAGUUAUUAACUUUAAGAUGAAGUUAUUGAAAGAGACCUGUCUCAUAUAUUAUCUUUAUUAUGAAACCUAUUUCAUAAUAAAGAUAAAUAAUUUAGUUCCUCAUAUGUAACUCUUUUUUUUAUGUUAUAUUAGUGAAUUAGUUGUAAGUUUUAUUCUGUAGUUUGUGUAAAGGACUUAUAUAUUGUUGAAUGUCCCACUCUUGAAUCAUCGUCUGUAUUCAAAUAAUUUGUUCAUCUCACAGGUUUCAGCUAUUUAUAUACAUUUUGGCAAAUAACACUCAUACAUUAAAUAUAAAUUCAAUUAUAAUAUGGUGGCCGAGAUACAGACCGUUGGCAGAACACGGAACUGUUCAUGUCAAUUUAUUGUGCUGUCACAUAUUAAUAUACUCACUUUAUUAAUACUUUAAGUGCAAAUAUCUUUGAUACCUAACAUUUGUACUGAAUUGCUUAGACAUUUGAUAGAUAUAGUUGUAUCCAUUAACAAGAUCUGAUUUGGUUGGAUAUUAAUUAUUAUAAUGUCUGGAAUUGUAAUCACAAACAACUAGUCUACAUGUGAACGCCCAACUUGUUUUGACCUGUAAAUAAAUAUUAAUAAAAGACAUUGUAUAA